CAGGAUUCCAUCUGUAUGCAAUAUGUGUUGAGUUUUGGCUGGUUGCCAGCAUCGAGUCAAUUCGGGAGGCCCGCCAACAUCAGGGAAUCAUUGAGCGCUUAGCUACAUGUAACGUGCGUGUAACACACAUGUAAUGUCGCUUCUUUGUAGCCCUCCAGAGCAGUCCCUGAACGGAUCCUUUAUUUCGAUUUCCCAGUCUAUAUCUUACCAAAAUUACUAGAGCAAUACUCAAUGUCCGAUACCCAGUCUGAUACACAGUCCGUUUUCUGGAUGGACAUCAAACCGAAUAUGGCGGAUGAUAAACUCAUUCAAAGUUUGAUGAAGAGGUGUGGCUGUUCUAGAAAGAGAGCAAUUACUCUGUUAAAGAUUUGCAACAAUAAUGUUGAUGAGGCCGAGAAGCAUCAUCGUCUUGUGGAAUCAUACACUCAAGACUUGACGGACGAAUCACCAUCAUCAACGCCGGAAUUUUUGGAGCUUGCACAAAGCAAUCCACCAUCCAAGGGUCCUUUUAGUUCACGAUCUAAUUCCGCCAUGUCCUAUAGAACAUCCUCCGAUAUGGGAUACCAGAGUGACGCCCAAGAGUCCAUACAUGAUACAGCCAGAGACAGCGCUCCUCAAGAAUGGGAUUUCACUUUGCCUCGUCUUCCUUGGUUGGAAAUCUCCACGGAGGAUGACUUUAGCCCCGAUAGCCUUGCCGCAGCCAUUCAGCAUGGGGUCAAGGCCUAUCGUCUCCGAAGCUAUCUGAACACUUACGAUCCAAGACUUCUUGGGCAAGAUAUCAAUGCCAACGUCAUGGGAUUUCCUCUCAUAUUCUACGCCGUUGAGUCAAAUGACGAGAAUAUGGUACGCCUCUUGACCGAGUUUGGAGCUAGUGUGAGUGCUGUAUAUGAGGCUUUCCAAGUCCCUUUAUUAGCAUUUGCCAUCAUGUGUGGAGAGACGCUGCAGCUUGAUACAACAAACAUGGUAUGUGUUCUUCUCAGCAUAGGUGCUUCCCCUCAUUCCAUUCCAAUGGACUUAUUCGCACCGUAUCUACGAGACGAAGCCACAAGCGUCGAGGAGAAAGGCAAGAAUGUGAUUGCAGCUGCUUCAGAGACUGCGUGGUGCUCUCCGUUCACAAAGACUAGGCUCGCAAGGAACAUCAAUCUCACACAGAGGUACUUUUUGGAAAAGUCCACGAAGAUGAAGCCACCCUCAAAGAAAAUGCGGCAGAUCGCUCAGAUUAAAAAUUGUCAGGGGUUGCUGGGCAUCCCGUAUUUCCUUGUUGGCCAAACCGUUGCCAGCGAGCUCCUCAUCCAGAGGUUGCUCACUCACCUCAUGAUGCCCGCGAAACAGCCAUUGGUUCUGUGCUUCGCCGGCCCCAGUGGCCACGGAAAGACCGAGUUGGCACGGCAGCUUGGUCAUCUUCUAUCGCUAGACUUGGAAGUGGUUGAUUGUACCACCUUCACUCAUGAGAUGGAGCUAUUUGGGCCCAGGGCGCCUUACCAUGGCUACCAAAGAGGAUCAGCAGUCAACAACUUUCUCGUGGAGCAUUCCGGUAGACAGUGUAUUGUUUUCUUGGAUGAAUUUGAGAAGACGACGUCAGAGAUCCACCAAAGUUUGCUACUUCCAUUUGACAAUGGCGAAUACAGAGACAGACGAACGGGUGAUAGGAUUAAUUGCUCUAAUACAAUUUGGAUAAUGGCCACAAACGCCCUUGACGACACCAUUCUUGACUUUUAUGACCACAACGACGCCAUUGCCGGUGAUGAUGCAGAUGAGAGAGCUCGGCUGCGAGGGAAGCUUUGCCAGCAGUUACAAGAAGGGUUUCUUCAGAAAUUCGGUGCGCCCGUGACAGGGCGCAUCUCUGAUUUCAUUCCCCUGCUCCCCUUCUCUGCUGGCGAACAAGCCGUCAUCACCCACAAAUGUUUAUUAGAAUUGGCACAAGAACUGCGUUUGCCUAUAAGCCUAAUCAAGGGCCCAGCUGAGCGGCUUAUCGGUGACAUCAGGUUACUGAUUCGAAGGGAUGGUACCGUGUGCUCAACUCUUGCAAAGGCACAUUAUCACAACAAGUUGGGAGCACGCAGUCUGAAGGCAGGCGCGGAAAAGGUCAAGCGGAUUGUUCUGGAUGCAUACCUUGACGACGAUGAGGAGAUUGAGGAACAGAAUACUUUGCGAGAUGUUGUCAUUAACGUGGAUGGUGGGGAGAUUGUUGGCAAGAUGUUGCCGGUUACGAAGGCAGCUGCUUAAGCAUGAUAGUAGAUUUGCAUUUAGUCGUCACCAAAAAUGUUU